AUGAUUCAAGCUAUAGUGUGGCUCAGUUGGAUAAUUGUAAUUACUGAUCUUACGAAUGUAUUUACUGCAUUAAUAUCAUUAAAAUAUAUUUAUAUUAUGAAGAAUUUAUAUCUAGUAUGUUUAUUAUGUAUUUAUAUUAUUGUUUCAGUAUUAAAUACAUGGACUACUAUACGACGUUAUUCGUUAUUAAAUGAUUCUAUAAAUGUACAAUAUUUAGCUACAGUUAGAUCAAAUCAAGGAACACGAUCAGAUUAUUUAUCAAUAUUAACUUGUAUUAUCGUUGGAAUUAUAUUUAAUAUUAUUUUUAAUUUAUUAGAUAUUAAACAUGCACAAUGA